ACCAAGCAUUAUGCAUUGGAAAUUGCAUUCCAAACAGUCACUAACUUCAUGAUGUUUUUUGCAUCUCUUCAAUAAUAAAUGGAGCUUGUCAAAUAUAAGAGGCACAUAAUUAACAACCUGAAUCUGGAAUGCUUUGUAGGUUUGGCACAACAAACAAAGUGAUCUGCAUUUUCACAUGGAUUUAACCUAGUUGAUAUAUCACUAAUUCGAAAUAGAGUAGUGAUAUGUAUAAUGGUGUCAGCAUAAGUGUUGAUUGUUCGUUAUUGUAAGAGAAAGUAUGAUGGAUAAGAGUAUGUAAUGAAAAAUGGGCCAAAGAAUCGCAAGACGUCACGCCGAUCGCGGAGUUACUUUGUACAACCAUCAAAAUUACGUCGACGCUCUCGUCGAAUUCGAAAACGCUUAUAAACGUUUGUCAAAGAAUGAAGACGUCUUCGCAGUUUUAAAUUAUAUGUGUUUGGUUUAUAUGGAGUUGGGACGAUAUCAUGACGUCCUGUUUUGUGCCAAAAAGCAGUCCAUGGUCAGUGAACAGUUGCAGUCCUGUAUGUUACAAGCGGAAGCGACGUUUAACAUGGCGAGAGCGUAUGAACGUCUAGGGGAGUACCGUACGUCGAUAGCGUUGUGUAACCGUUGUUUCAAUACCGGAAAUCCACCUGAUAUAUCACCGCUAGCCGGAUACACGCAUUUGUGUUUAGCAAACAAUUACUUCGGAUUAAGUGACGUCAAAAAGUGUUUAAAACAUUACGACAUAUCGUCUCACGUUGCACGGAUUCUUUGUGACGCCGUUUUAGAAUGCCGUGUGUACAUGGGACUUGGUCAAAUGUUUAUGGCUCUGCAAGACAAUGUGACGUCUUUGCAAAAUUACGUACGGGCGUCAGAAAUAGCGCGUCAGUUUACGAAAGAUCAUCCGUGUGCCAAAUAUCAACGUCGUGUAUCGGUGGAGAUGGCGGUUGUAUGCAGCCGGCUAGGAAGACUGGGAGAGGCGCUGGAAAUGUGUGAGGAGGCUAUGAAGCAAGCUCUUGCCCACGGGGACAGGUUGGUCCAAGCCAGAUGCCUGCUGAACUUUGCUGAUAUUCACAGAGAUCGACAGAACUACUUGGUCAGUAAACAACAAAUGCAUUAA